AGAACACCAAACCACGCUGUAGUACUCAACGAAGACACAGAUAACGAGUGCGGAAGGAACAGAGAGCACACAAGCUUUUUGCAGGCCAUUUGGCCCCUAUGUUUUUGAGCCUGUCCAGCCCGCUGAACCCCCUAAUACUUGUACCGAUACCGUUUUCGAGUGGGCAGCUGCUUAUGAUGCCAGCGGAUGAGGUUGCGAGCUCGUCGUUGCGACCAGGGCAAGGGCCGCUCACGGUGAAGAGGCUCUACCAGAGCGGGAGCAACGAGUCGACGGAGGUUUCCUCAAGUCGGAAGCGGGCAAGGCUCCAUGGCGAGCCGAUAGUGCGCCCAGGGGCGCCUCUGCCCAUCAGCUUGAGCGCGUUCCGAGUGCCCGAUAAGCUAAGCCCGCCUCUCCGGGAGGACGACAAAGAUGGACACUUCCAAUACGAGCUCGGCGAAAACCUGUCCAGUCGAUACAAAAUCCUCUCCAAAAUGGGGGAAGGGACUUUCGGGCGGGUGCUGGAGUGCUGGGACCGGAAACGGGAGGACUACGUGGCCAUCAAGAUUGUGCGCAACAUAGACAAGUACCGGCACGCGGCGAUGAUUGAGCUGGAGGUGCUGAACACGCUGGAGAAGAACGACCCCUGCGGCCUCAAUCACUGUGUGGCGCUGCGGGAGUGGUUCGACUACCGCGGACACGUCUGCAUGGUGUUUGAGAAGCUGGGGCUGAGCCUGUUUGACUACAUGCGCAAGAACGGCUACAAGCCCUUCCCGCUGGACGUGGUGCAGGAUUUCGGGCGGCAACUGCUGGAGGCUGUGUCGUACAUGCACGAGCUGAGGCUGGUGCACACGGACCUGAAGCCUGAGAACAUCCUGCUGACGUGUCAGGAGUGCGGCGUGGCGGCGGGCGGCGGCGGCGUGGGCGUGCAGCAGCCGGCGGAGAGCUCCGGGUCCAGCGGCAGCGGCGGGCGCUGUUGCAGCCGGCCCCCCUCCUCCGCCAUCAAGGUCAUCGACUUUGGGUCCGCCACCUUUGAGGAGCAGUACCACAGCUGCAUCGUGUCCACACGCCACUACCGCGCGCCCGAGGUGAUCCUGGGCCUGGGCUGGUCCUACCCCUGCGACAUGUGGUCCAUCGGCUGCAUCCUGGUGGAGCUCAUCACCGGAGAGGCGCUGUUCCAGACGCACGAGAACCUGGAGCACCUAGCCAUGAUGGAGGCGGUGCUGGGGCCGCUGCCUCCCGGCAUGGCCGGCCGCUGCGCCCGCACCCCCGCCGGCAAGUACUUUGCGGCCGGCAGCGGGCGGCUCAACUGGCCGGACGGCGCCGCCAGCCGCAAGAGCGUCAAGGCCGUCAAGCGGCUGAGCGGGCUGCAUCAGCUCAUCCUAGAGCAGGGCGACCCCACGGCGCGCCCCUACGCGGGCGAGCUGGUGGACCUGAUCACCGCCAUGCUGCGCUACGACCCCGCCGACCGCCUCACAGCGCCGCAAGCCCUGGAACACCCCUUCUUCGCGCCGCCGCCCCCCUCAUCGGCACCCGCCUGCGCCAACGCCGUCGCCAACUGCGUGACGCUGCUGAGCCCGGCGGCGCUGCUGGCGGCCGCCGCGGCGGCGGCGGCGGCGGCUGCGCCGCCGCCGCUGACGCUGUCGCUGCCGCUGACGCAGGCGCAGCUGCCGAUGACGGCAGUGAUGCCGGGCGGCGGCGGCGGCGUCGGGCUGCCGUUGGGGCUGGCGGCGGCGGCGGCGGGGCUGCCCGGGUUGAUGGGGCUGGAGGCGGCGGCGCUGGCGCUGGCGGCGGGCGUGGACCCCGGCGUGAGCGUGGGGGCGGCGCUGGCGGCGCUGACCGGCGGCGUGGCGCCGGGCGCGGGGCCGGCGGGCACCGGGAGCCUCGUGCUUCUGGCGCCGGGCCCCGUGUCGUCAUCCGCCGCCGCCGUAGCGGCGGCAGCCGGGCCGGCGGCGGCAUCAACGGCAGGCGCGUCAACGGCGUCGGGGGCAGGGACAGGCGCGGUGCCGGCGGCGCCGCAGCCGAUGCCGCAUGCCGCCGCCGCCACCGCGGCGGCGGCGGCUGGUGGCGGCGGCGGCGUUGUCGUGGUGGGCCCUGCCGGCGUGAUUGUCGGCGGCCGCGGCGGCGGCGGCGGCGGCGGCGGCCUGGGCGCUGGAGGAGGAGGUGUGGGGUGGCUGCACGGCUGGGCGUUGUGGCACGGCUGGCGCGGCGCGGUCCGGGCCCGUGUGGCGCUGGCGCGCGCGGCGGCGCGUCGCGGCGGCGGCGGCGGCGGUGCCGUCGGAGUGGCGGCGGCUGGCGGUGCUGGCGGCGGCGUGGCGGCUGCCGCCGCGGCGGCGGCAGACGGUUGCAAUCCCCCCGGGUGAAAGCCCGCCGUGCGGGUACAAGAUGCAAUGUACAGGAGGGUGGUGGUGACGUGGUGGUGACGUGGUGGUCGUGGAGAACGCGAGCACGAGAGACGGGAGGCGACGGCGAAGGGAGCGCGGUGGCCGGGCGCGCGCGACAUUGUGUGUGUGCUGGCUGCAGCGCCUGCUACGCCGUAGUGCCGUUCCAAAUUCUCCCGCACACAUGAGAAGUAUAUGCCGGUUUGUUUGGCGCAUGGGGUUCUUCGCAUGGGGUUCUUCGCACAUGAUUCAAGAGGUUGGUUUGGUGCGUUGGUUUGAAGCUGUGUCAACUUUCGGCGGAAAUGUGUCACGUCCAGAACUCCCUGUAGUCGUUCUGGCGAGGCUAUGUUUUUUUAGAAACGCGCAUGCCUAGCGCGAGUGGGUAAUCUGUGCGUAUGCGCGUGUGUCACAUGCUUUCUAAGAGUUUGUAUGGCGGUAGGUCCGUGCGCGGACUCUUAAUGUGUUGGUAUGUGUGAACGUGUGCGUGGCUUUAUAAGGUUUGGAGGAUGUUGUGAAAGUCUGUUUGCGGGUGCAUGGAAUACAUAGCUCCGAGCUGGCUGUUUUCUGACCGCAUUGUUGACUUGCUUUGCUCUGUGUCGACGACAAUCCUAAUAGUAUGGUAAUUAGCUCGGCGGCAGCAAAUCAAGCACGCACGGGCGCCCCGCGGCGCGACGCGUUGCUUUGUGGUGGCGCCCGGAGCGACGCAGGCUGCCGCCGGGCCUGUGUCGCGCAACGGCACCGCAUAUCUGUAUGCGCAUUUGGAAUUGGACAGAACUGCAUUGCGACUGGACGAACGGCAGGUUGGACCCGAGGAACGCAGUGGGGUGUUUUGACACGCAAAGGACGUUUCGUUUUAAGAGGGCUUCGUUCGGUGGCUGGUUGCUGAAAGCGCACCAAAGGCCCCGUGUGCGCUUGUGUGUGUCUGUGUGUGCUCGGGGGAUUGCUGGGGAUGCGAGGUGAAAGGAGUCGUCGGAGCCUGUCGGGGCCGGUUUUGGAGUUGUGGCGCAUGGCGUGUGAGGUUAUGAGGCCCCCGGGGUUUGCGCUUGCCCGCAGGCACGUGGCACGUUGGCAUUACGGUAUCACCGGCAAGGUUGUGUGGGAUUCGUGCGAAAGGGUCCGACGGGGCGAUUGCAAGCGGAAGAUUUGGCCGCAGCCUGGUGCUGUGUUGGCGGGGUGCAUGGGGGUGCAUGCAUGGAUCAUGUUGUGGUGUCCUCAUGCAGUCACAGAAUUUGCACUUCCAAACGCGCACACAUACGGUAUGCGCGCGCGGGGCAACGUGCCAAGGCACCGAUUGCCCCGGCCCACGCGCACUGGCGCAUACACACACAAAGGGAUGGAUCAUGGAUUGUCGGUUGGUCGGUUGGGUGCGAUUUAUAUGUCACCGGUUUGUCGCCUCUGUCGCUGUCGUUUCGGCGAACGCACGCGCAGCGGCGAGUCUGUACAUAUAUACAUUGUUUGGCUGGCCGUCGGGUAGACCUGCUAACGCAGAACACGCACGCACGCGCUCCCGCACGCGCGCACACGCACGCACAGUCGCACAUGGUCUGCACGUGACGCCGAGGUAUGUCGUUGCCAGGUAGCGGGGGGCAGGUGGCGGCGGGACCGUGGUGUGGGAGUGCCAGUGGGGCGUGUGGGUGCCUUGGCGGACCGGCUGCGUGUGCCGGCAUGGACGAUUGGAUGCAUAGACUUAUAUGCACUUGCCAUUAUUAGAACAUUGACGACCCGGCGUCCCUUAACCGUGACUUGAUGUUUGCUGGUGGUUGGACGUGUGGAGUACGGGGCGUUCCGCGACGCGGACGGGCUUGUGGGGCGGCCCGUGUAAUGCGGCCAUUCAUAAUUCACAAAUCAAGGAACAACCCCUUGUGCUUCAUCCAGGAGCGCGGUAAAUGCUACAUAUAUUCCAGCCGCAUUGGGCGCCAACGGCCAACCCCGAAUGGGAUGGGCCUACGGUUGCCACCAAGGCACCAACACUGCCCUGACUUGGUGCGGCCGUGCGGGUCAGCGGUGCAGCGGAAGCUUGGCUGUAGGAUGGGCGGGGCCCCUACGGUCCUGACUUCAAGGACUUGUCCUCCCCUCUAACCCCAAAACUCCAUAAGGGCCCAGGAUUUAUACGGGUUCAAUGGUAAGGACGUGUGGCGCGAGGGACACGGAGGAACUGGGGUCCGGGGGCGUGCUGGCAAUUUCAAUGGGAGUUGGGGACCCUGCACGCAUCCACGCCCAGCAGUGCCCAUAGAUAAUUUGAUUUGCAUCUGUAAACGUAAGCCCUC